AUGGGUUGGAGAGACGAAAUAACGUUUCCAACCAAGGAAGUCAAGCAAUUUCUAGGUGUUAAAUUUAUUACAGAGUCUUGCGUGCUUCUGAGUCUCUCUUACCAGUCAAGAUAUAAAGCACUGAUAUUGUUUUAUAACUUUAACGAAGAAAUAGAUUUUGCAGGCCUAUGCAUGGCCUCUGUUCUUCUAGCUUCAAAGUUAGAAGAGGAGGUUUGCACUCUGAAAAAGGUGAUAUACGUCUUUAACUAUCUUUACACAAGAUAUGAAUCGAAGCCUACACCAUUAACAAACAGGUUGUCGAUCAGACUCAAGGAAGGAUGUAUACUUGCUGAAACACAGAUAUUAAAGUCUUUAGGAUUCGACGUGUCAUUUGAAGAUGUAUAUGGAGAGUUCAUUGACUUUCUUGAAACCACAGACUUUUCUCCUGACUUCAUAGGUAAAGCCAUCCAGGUCUUUAACACAAUAAUCCAGUGGCCUGAAGCAGUAAGUCUCGACCCCUGCUCAUUGAUAAUAGCCACAAUAGAGUCUUUGUUCAGCAGAAAUAAGAGAUUCGAAGACUACACUAGAAGAUAUAGGCUGUUUCAAGAGAAAAGGGUUAAUCUACAAACAUACGAAGAAGUAGUUACUACAAAGAACAUAAGUGAGAAUCUAAUCACGGGCUUUUUCAAAAGACAAAAGCGGAAAUAA